AUGGCUUCGAUAUUGCAAAGACGAAUGCUCUCGAAAGAGGACGAAGCUGCGGACGAAGUCGAGGUGCGCCGGGAAGACCAAGACAAGAUCAACCGAUUCAGCCGUCUUCAUCAGCGUGAAAUCGCAUUAUCGGAGGAACUGCAGACAAAACUCAAAGAGAAGGAAGAGCUCGAUGACUUGUCGACAGAGUUGGAGCUCGCUGACGAGGACGAGAAAGUCCAGUACAAAAUUGGCGACGCUUUCUUCCACCUACCUCUCGAACAAGCCCAAGAGAUGCUUAGCACCGCCGUAAGCAGAUUAGAAGAGGACUUUUCUGCCCUAGAAGAGAAGCAGAGGUCGGUUCAAGAUCAAAUGCAGUCGUUAAAAGUCGAUUUAUAUGCGCGCUUUGGCAAGCAGAUCAACCUGGAGACAUAG